UGAGCAGCUCCUCUCGCCUCUGAGGUUUCUACUGAGAGCGUUUGUGUUUGUGUCUGCAGGCUGUGCAGUGAAGGAUUAUGGGAACCUUAAGUUUGAGGAAGUGGCGGACGACGAGCCGGUGGGUCGGGUGAAACGUGCGCGGGCGGUGGGCAGCGCCAACCAGAGGCUGUCAGCGGCGGUGCAGGCGGUGAAGCGGGACGGACACACGUCGGUGAUGCUGGGAGGAGACCACAGUCUGGCGAUUGGUUCGAUCCACGGUCACGCGGCGGCGGUCGGGGAGCUGAGCGUCGUGUGGGUCGACGCCCACGCCGACAUCAACACGCCGCUGACCUCGUCCACCGGAAACAUCCACGGGCAGCCCGUGUCCUACCUCCUCCACGAGCUGCACUCAGAGGUUCCCGUCUUGCCAAACUUCUCCUGGAUCAAGCCGUGUGUCUCGGCCAAAGAUCUCGUCUACAUCGGAUUGAGAGACGUGGAUCCCGGGGAGCAUUACAUCCUGAAGCUGCUGGGUGUGAAGGUGUUUUCCAUGUCGGACGUGGAUCAUCUCGGUGUGGCCAGAGUCAUGGAGGAGACAUGUGACUACCUCUCUGCCAGAGUGAAGAAACCGAUCCACCUGAGCUACGACAUCGACGCCAUCGACCCCUCUGUUACCCCGGCGACCGGGACACCUGUGGUGGGAGGACUCACCUACAGAGAGGGCGUCUACAUCACUGAACACCUCUGUCAGACAGGUCUUCUGUCGGCUGUGGACAUGGUGGAGGUGAAUCCUCUGAGGGGUCAGUCCAAAGAGGACGUCCAGUCUACAGUCAGCACGGCGGUGGACCUGCUGCUCGGAUGUUUCGGACGCCUACGUGAGGGAAACCACCCGCAGGAUUACCAGCUGCCCCGGCCUUGAUAGUGGGCGACCGCAGUUUCUCGGACUGCACGCUACCUAAAGGUCUCUGAUCACCAGCAGGAACUGAACCGACGAUCAGAUUCAUACUUAAGCACCUCAGAGAUGAUUAAACUUCCAAAUUUUAAACUU